UCGUUAUGGAUUAAUGCCUCUAUGAUGUCAACGAAUGCUAACGAAGACUGGGAGAGAAUAAAAGAUCUGUUGGAUGAAGCAUCUGAUCUUGAAAAGGAAUUGAAAAAGCAAGACUACCAAAGACGUCAACUCAAGAAUGUCAGUGAGAUUGAGCAAGAGACUGAGUUUAUACGUAACUGCCUAAAGGAUGUCUACGAAGACAUAAUACUAUCCGAUUUACAAAAUGCCAUUGAACAUGGAAUCGAAGAGCGAUUAUGGCGACACGUGUUCUAUAGCUACAUCGAAGAAUUGCGCAUUCGAUUGAGAAAGAAUAAGCAGCCACAAAGCCACGAAUACCAAAUGGCUUAUUUGGAACUGAAUAGAUACUUAGACAUGGGAACGGGUUUUUAUCAUACGCUGGUCAAUACUAUUAAGAUAAACGAGGGAAUAAGUCUCGACACUAUUGGAAUUGACCUUUUACUCUCCACAUUCGCCUCUUCUACGUCCCCAACCUCGUCCAGUCCGUCUCACAAACGUUUAUCCCCUAAAACUCGUACCGGAUAUUCCUCACGCAAGCAACUUGCCGCGGAAUGUAUACAACGGUGUUUGAUCUAUUUAGGAGAUCUCGCGAGAUAUAGAGAGUGUAUAGCUGAUGUAGAGGGAAACAAGAAAUGGGAAUUUGCAAAGAGGUUUUAUUUAACGGCUGCUAGGGUGUUUCUCACUAAUGGAAAGGCUCAAGGUCAACUUGCUGUUCUGGCUGCGUAUUCCGAAAACAAUCUCGAUAUUGUCUAUUGGGAUACUUUUAGUCUUGCAACGAAACAACCAUCUUUAAUCGCCGAAGACAAUCUAAAGAACUUCUACACACAGUUUGCGAUACGCUCGCCCGAGAUGGUGUUGAGUGAUUCCGAGACAACGGAGGGUAAUAACAUUAAGCUUAUAUGGCAAUUUUUAUCAGUUCACCUAUGCCUGUUUAAUCAAGAUGCUUCAAGUCUUUCCAAGUGCUUAAAUGAGCUCCUAGAGACGAUAGAAACAUCUAUCCUUUCCCCCUCAACGGUCACGAAAUUAGUAUUUAUCAUUAUUUAUACAAUCUGGGAUUUUCGUCGUCAGAGUCUGCGCAGUAACAGUGCAAAACGGUCAAGUAGAGAGAGCAAGUACCUCACCAGUCCGACAAAUAGAGAGGGUAGAUAUGUCACUAAACCGACAAGUAAAGAAGGUAACAGCGCUAGCAGUACUAGCGCUAAUGCUAGUAAUACGGAUGGACAUAUAAGAACAUUACAGCAAGCUGCUUUCGCUGUUGGAUUCGCAUUAUGUUUGCGAGCAGUUGAAAAUCUAGAUACAAAAGGCUUAAGAGGCAGCAUUAUAUGGUAUGAUUAUAUUCAAAGUAUAAUGGAGGGAUUAGUGCAGUCGUACGCGCAUGUGAAAGCAGAAAGAGAAAAAGGGUCCACUGAAGAUGACGUCGCGCAGAUGUUUAUUACGACGGUUACCAGUUUUCUUAAGUCUCUGGCAACAUUCCUGGCUCGCCCUUUACUUUCUUCAACUUCUCAAUCUCCCCUACCACCCCUGUCUUCACGCGACUCGAAAACAUUACUCACAAAGCGUCCGAUUACCGAAGAUAUUGAAUUUCUUGGAACCGUUCCAUUACGAUCUGUUCAUGAAGGGCUGGAUUGGAGUGUGUAUCUGGGAACAUAUAAUGGAGAAGAAUCUAAAAGCGAAGAAGAGGAUGAAGUGAGAAUCGCAAGAGUGCUCGGGUUCGCCAGACGAGUCGCUGAGAUUAAGACAUUCGAAAUCUUUACUUACAAUGAGCAAACGGGAAUGUUUAUUUUCCUAGACGAAGAGACAAAGAAAAGAGAACGCCAGCGCUUAAUGAAAAUUAUGGCCGAACAAAGACUCAGAGAACAAGUCACAUCGCUUGAAGCUGGUCUCACAAAACUCGGGAUUCAACCGGCAUCACCUCAUAACGGUGUCGUGACAUAUACAAAGAAGACGUGUCUUGUCGAUGUUGGAGUAUUGAUUGGUCGUUUAACGACAGUGAAGAAGUGGAUAGCAAAUGACCGUAUCGAAGUUAUUGUUCCACUAGAUGCCAUUGAUGUAUUAGAUGUACUAAAAAAAGGGAGUGACGCGAAAAACGUUCACGCUCGCGAUGCAAUUCGAUAUCUUGAUACCCAGCUUCAGAAACGCCAAUUAUCGUCAUUAGAUCACGAACAUUUCAUAAGAGCACAGAACGUAAAUGAAAAACUGACCAGUUGGGAUGAAGCUGACGAAUAUCUUGUUGAUCGACGGUGGUACGAUGAAGAAGCAGAA